GAACACAGCUCGCUACCAGCAAUGUCCCUCUUCCCGCCUGCAGCGCCUGGCGUGGAGCCCGCGGCAGGGUUCGCGGUGCCACCCCGCGCGGCGGGCGGGGGAGUCGGCGGGGCAGAGAGCGGUGCCGGUUCGAGGGGGCCAGGCGGGGCAGGCGUCGCGUCAGCUGGAACGACGGCCGCGCUUCGUGGCCUCACCUUCGGCGCCGCUGCCAGGUCGCUGGGCUUCUCCGAGGACCUCCUCAAGCCUUACGUGGAGGCGCUCGGGGGCGCGUGGGAGAGCACCUCCGUGAGCGACGUGUACGGCAGCCUCGACGGUGACAUGUACGAGGCGCUGUGGGCGGUUAAGACCGAGGAGGGCGUCGACAUCACCCCUAUCGCGCGCGGCCAGCUCCGCGCCUCGUUGCGGGGCCUGGCGCACGCGGUGGGGCUGCCCCCCCCGCUCCUGGGCGACAUGCCGCCCGUGGUCAGCCAGGGGCCCCUGCAGGCGCCGCAGGCCGCGGCGGCGGCGCCGGCGCAGCAGCCCGAGGUGUACGAGAUGAGCAGCGUCAUCGACCAGGGGUCGAACAUCAAGUUCACGAUGCUCCCUGCCCUGAAGCUCAAGGAACUCAACGCGAACUACGUGCGGGAGACUGGGCGCCCGCCCAGGGACUACGAGGACACGACGGACGUCCAGCUCUCGGCGCUGGCCGCCCGGCUCGCCGCGGGCGAGGCGCCGCACGUCGACUUCAGUGUCUUCGGACCCUUUGGGAAACGGAUCCAGCGGCUCAUGAACUUCCAGGCCGACGUCUGGGUGAGCGGCCAGCUGGUGAAGAAGAAGCUCGCCGGGCCAGAGAACUUCGAGACUUGGCGGAAGGGCUGGCGAGUCUUCCGCGUGGCGGCUAUCAAGCUCCAACUUUCGAGGCCGGGUCCCAUCGACGAUUUUGAGGAAGGGGUGCGGCUCCUCAACUCGACCUUCCCCCGUGACUGGGGGGCCGUUUUCCUGACCGUCUGCCACUGCUUGGAGGAGCGCUGGCAUCAGGUCCGCACGAAGAUCGAGGACUUGGUGGAGAAGGGCAAGUUCCAGGGCGACUUCGACCGGGAGCGCCCCUGGGAAGCCGUAUUCUCUUACACGGCCUACGACAGCGGGCAAGACUCGCAGUGGUGGAAGAUCCACUUGGAGCUCCCGUGCCUGACCGGCAGGACGGGCGGCCGCUCUCGCACGUCGGAGGUCGAGGGCGGCCCAUCAGCCGUCGACCAGAUCGAGCGGCAAUCCGAUAAGCGGGCUGCUGACCACCACGGCGACGGCUCUGAACGCCCCACGGGCGCUGGGGCGAAGAGGGCCAAGAAGGCGAAGUCUCAUUGGCAGCAGGUCAGGGACAACAACGCGGCCGGAGAGACCAAGGACGGCCGGUUCACGAAACACCAGGGCGUCGAGUUGUGUUUCAACUGGAACCGCAACGCCCACGGCUGCUCGUCGCCCUGCCCAGCGAAUCGGCAGCACGUGUGUGAAUGGUGCAAGGGGCCGCACCGGUACCCUUACAAGGACGGCCUCUCCCAGGCCGGGUACCUCAACAAGCAUUGCCCCAAUAAGGCUUCGGGGCCCGCCGGGCGCGCUGGCGGCGCUGCCGGGGGGCCCGCCGGGGCCGCCGGGCGCGCUGACGACGCAGCCAGGGCUCGCGCGCUGCCGGGGCGUCGCGGACUGGCCCGCGCGUGGGGCUCCCACCUCGGCGCACUGGCGAAGCUGCAGCGUCGGCUCGGGGAGCUCCGGGCGCGGGGGGGCCAGCGGGCGCAUCGCGGCGACGCUCCGGCCGCAGCUCGUCCGACGCCGCCCGCGCUGGCGCAGCCGGCUGGCUACCCCGGCCAAGACAUGUGGGAUCGGAGACGCGUGCGGCCCCGUCGACCACCCGGCGUGCCGGAGGGCCCAUCCGCGCGUGAGGAGCGGUCGGCCCAGGAUGCCCUCUGCACCGCCGGCCUCCGCAACCCUCACAGGGUAGUGAAGGCGUGGGGCGACCUGCAGGAGGCCAUGGCGGUUGUGCGGGCAGCCCUUCUGCGGGCGCGGGCACGUGAGCCCGCUCUGGUCGGGAUGGUGGGCGCGUGCGGGCAGCGGCCCUCUCGCGCGCCCCCGCCCGAGUCUGCUGUCGCGUCUGCCCGCGCCGAGGUGGCAGCGGCCCUGGGUUUGGGGAUGGCGCAGGCCGAGGAGCGCCAUCCGUCCUCCCCACUGCGGCGCGAGAUCUUCGCGGAGUGCGCCCGCCGGUCGAAGGACCCCGACGUGCACGUGCCCAUCUGGCUCCGGGCGACCCUUUCAGUGGACGCCUUCCGCAGGGAGUUUUGUUUUUCAGGAAACCAUCGCUCGUUCGUGGAUGAUUUCGGCGAGAACGAGGCGCCGACGCCCCCCCUCGUCCGGGAGUACCUGGAGAAGGGGUUCGGCCGAGCAUUUCCGUCUCGCGAGGCCGCCGAGGAGGUCUUCGGGCCCACGUAUCCCGCGCCGCUCGGAAACGUCCGGAAGCGGAAGCAGGGCGGGGACGGCUGGAAGAACCGCAUCAUCCAGGACUUGAAGGCAUCGCGGGUGAACCUCCUCAGCUCCACUCCCGAGCGGGCGGUGCUGCCCCGUGGCAUCGACCACGCCGUGGACAUGGCGACCCUCUUUACGGCGAACGGAGCCGACCACGGGGAGAUCCUCGUCAUCGACUUCUCAGACGCCUUCAUGUCGUGCCCGCUCCACGAGAGCGAGCGCCCGUACAAUUGCGCCGAGGUGCGGGGCCUCGAGGCGGAGAACGACUACACGUUCAUCGUGUGGGCGGUGCUCGGGUUCGGGGGAAAGGCGAAUCCCCUGGUCUGGGCCCGCGUGGCCAGCGCGGCGGCGCGGACUGCGCAGGCGCUGACGCUGAGCGGGGGCCUGCGGCUCCAGCUGUACGUGGACGACCCAGCGCUGGCGGUGCAGGGCCCUCCGCGGGCGCGCGAGCAGGAAUUCGAUCUGGCCUUGCUUUGGUGGCUCGUGCUCGGGCUGCGCAUCGCGUGGAAGAAGGGCCGCCACGCGCGCGGGCCCCUCCGCGGGGGCCCGCGUCCGGCCCUGGAGCACGAGUGGAUCGGCAUUCGCUUCGCGAUGGCCGAGGAUUGUGCCGUCAUGGGGCUCACCCAGAACUUCAUCGAUGAGUUGCUGGAGCUCCUCCGCCACUUCAUGGCGAAGAAGGGCCAUGCGCCGUUCAAGCAAGCGCGGUCGUUGGUGGGGAAGGCAGCCCGGGUUGCUCAGAUCAUCCCGGCCGCGACCCCGUUCGCCGCGGCCUUGUGGGCGGCGCUGACGGGGGCCCUCCGCCAGGCGAACGCGGGGAAGCGGGAGUCCCCGCCGAACACGGUGCCGCUCCAGCGCUUCUUCACCGCGGCUCGCUGGUUCCGCGCGUUGCUGGAGCCAGUCGACGAGGCGCGCCGACCCGAGUGCUUCUUCCCGCUGGAGCGGCGAGUGUAUCCGCGCCCCGACGCGGUUCAGUGGCCGCGAUCCAGAUACCACGUUGAAUUGGACGCCUGCCCCUGGGGGGGCGGCGCCGCGCUGUUCGAGGGCGCGACCCCAGUCGAGUGGUUUGCGACUUCGUGGGACCAGGAGGUGCUCGACGUCUUCGGAGCCGUUCUGGGCUUGGCAAAGUAUCAGAGCCUCUGGGAGUUCAUCACGCUCCUCCUCGCGCUCAUCAUUUGGCGGUGCCACGCGGAGCACGCCGUGCUCUACGUCCUCGGGGACAACGUGGCGGCCUUGCAGGACGCGAUGCAGCUCAAAGGCAGCGGAGACAUGCUCGUCGUCGCCCGGGAGAUCGCCUGGCGGGCAGCUCGGUGGCCCCUGCGCUUCGAGUGCGCCCACUUGCCCAAGGAGCUCAACCUCGUCGCCGACUCCCUGAGCCGUUUGGCGGCCGUGCCUCCCGCGGCGUUCCCAGCUAGGCUGCGCGGCGUGCCGCGGAGCCCCGUGCCCGCGUGGCGCCAGGUGUGGCGGGCCCGGGUUCCCGAGUGA